AUGGGUAAUGAUCAAAGCUCGCAAAUGAGCAAGCCAAAGAUGCUAGAUAACUCAUCUUACUUUCCAAUGGCUAUGCAGAGAGUUAAUUCAUACAAUGGACCGAAGAGAAAUGCAAGUACUACAGAACCAGAUGAAAAUCACCCAAGUUUACUGCUCAAAACAGCAUAUCAUGGUGUCUGGUCGAUGGCUUAUGCCGAUGGGGUUAGUCCCAUAGCUCGAGUCGACCAAUGUCACUGUCUUGAUGAAGAAAAUAAUCGCUUAAUCAUCGCAUAUGGCUGUGAUGAGAAAGGAAAUGCAUUAAACGACGUAUGGGCACUUGACAUCAAAGAAAUGAAGUGGACAAACCUCCGUAGAGAGGCCUAUGGUCCACGAACAGGUGCGUCAUCAAUUUUAAUGGGCAGAGAGUUGUUCGUUUUCGGAGGAUCUCGAGACCGACAAUACUUUGCCGAUCUACACUCAAUCAAUAUCGAUGAUGGCAAUAUCAGGCCAUUUGAUUUCCCGAAUUGUCCAUCUCCAAGAGCCUUUCCUAUUUUCUUUUCAUGCAACGAUUCAUUUUACUUGUGGGGUGGAUACGAUGGCCAAACAGAUGAUACUGUCUAUCGCCUCGAUUUCCAUACGAAAACUUGGAGUUCAUAUCCAUCUCAAGAAUCAGGAAGACCUCAAGCCGCUCACUGCUUCCACAAAGGCAAGCACUACGUAUACGGAUCAAGUAAAACGCAUGGCCUCCUCGUUUUCGAUCCAGAUCAAAACAAAUUUGUCGGAAUCGAAACGAAAGGCUCCGAACCACCAACAGAUUUGAUGAAUACAUGUCUCAUAUCAGCCGACGAAUUCAUUUUCUUAGUCGGCGGAGAAAGUACCUCAAAAUUUAUGCAUAUUUACGCUUUGGAAGUCAGAAGGAACUGGUGGUUCUGCUUCCAUAUCAGACCAGAUGGCGAAACAUUUGUCGUUGAGGAUGGUAUUGUCAACAAAAUGGGUUUGUUUAUGAUACCUCGCGAAUUUGGCGCUACAGCUGUUUACGACAAAGCUAAAAGAGAGCUCAUAAGUAUCAUGGGCUCAAGACUGCUCACUCCAGUUCCAGUUUUUACAUUGGCCAUUGGAGAAGCACUUGGCUUGAUUCAUCUACGUAGUGAUAUGCUUGAGAUCUUCAAUAGAGAUGGUGGAUAUCAGCCAUUGUAA